AUGGCCAAACAGACUUCAGCGAGGAGACAGCACAUCCACAAGAUGCAAAUGCAAGAAAUAAGCCGCAAACGUGAAGAGAUGAAUCACUUACAGUCUCAGGCAGAAGUGAAGAGGAACAUCCACCGAGAGAGCAAGAUCAAUAAACAUAAAAUGAGGGAAAUGAAGGCUAACAAAGUGAGAGGAAAUGCAAUGAGGUGUCAUGAAGAUGAAGAUUUCCUGCCGGUGGAACAUGAUGACACUUUUAAUAUGGACCAUGGGAAUACCUGGCAUUGGACCAUGAGGGACGUUGAUGGUACACCAGAUUGCCAUCUGCAGAAGAACAAGCUGAAUUUGUGGUUUCAGCUCCAUAAACAAGGGAUUGAACCUAGUUAUGACAGUUCAAGCAGUGAUUCCCUGGACAGCUGGAUCAGAGAAGAUGCACGGAGUUGUCGGAGACCUCCCUUAGUGAGGACACGGACUGAGAAAAUCCCUAGGUUUGAUGAGUUCUAUGAUUGUGAAUUUUAA